AUGGAGGAAGAACUUUUGGUUCUUAAAGAAAAUGACACAUGGGACAUUGUUUCAUGUCCUUCAAAUGUCCACCCUAUUGGAUGUAAAUGGGUUUAUUCAGUCAAACUUCAUUCUGAUGGAACUCUUGAUCGGUACAAAGUUCGAUUGGUUGUUCUUGGUAACAAACAAGAGUAUGGGGUGGACUUUUGCACCCGUAGCCAAAAUGACUACGGUUGUGUUCUUCUUUUGGUGUAUGUAGAUGACAUUAUUAUCACAGGAGUUGAUUCUUCACUAAUCACUAGCCUCCAACAGCAGCUUAAAGAUUAUUUUCAUAUGAAAGAUCUUGGUGUGUUUAUAAACAAACACAAAUAUACUCACGAUCUGAUUUCUUUGGCUGGUCUUCAAGUUUCCUCCUCAGUAGAUACUCCACUGGAAUUGAAUGCCAAGUAUCGUCAUGAGGAAGGCGAUCUUCUUCCUGAUCCAACUAUGUUUCGACAAUUAGUUGGGAGUCUAAAUUACGUUACUAUUACUCGGCCUGAUAUCUCUUUUGCAGUUCAACAAGUUAGUCAAUUUAUGCAAGCUCCCCAUCAUCUCCACUUGGUGGUUGUUCGUCGCAUCAUUCGGUACCUUCUAGGAACAUUUACUCGUGGAUUGUUCUUUCCAAGUGGUUCUCCUAUUCGUCUUAAUGCUUUUAGUGAUUUUGAUUGGGCGGGAUGUCCUGAUACUCGUCGUUCAGUCUCUGGUUGGUGCAUGUUUCUUGGAGAGUCAUUGAUAUCUUGGAAGAGUAAAAGGCAAGAUCGUGUGUCAAAAUCUUUAACAAAGGCUGAAUAUCGAUCCAUGUCUACUGCUUGCUCCGAGGUUGUAUGUCUUCGUGGAUUACUUGCUGAGAUUGAAGAGGGAGUGCAAUAUUGCUUUACUAACCAACAGAUAUGUGUUAAUCAGGGCUACACUCUUGGAAGAUUAUGUUAUUCUGCUUUCUAA